AUGGUCGAGUACUGCAAUCCAAUUGUUCCUGGAUUUUCCCCAGACCCGUCUGUCGUUUUCGUCGAUGGGGUCUUCUAUCUGGCCAACUCCUCAUUUCAUGUCUUCCCCGGUCUGCCAAUAUACGCAUCUCGAGAUCUGCGAGAAUGGACGCAUAUCGGGAAUGCCAUAAAUCGACCAGAACAGCUUAGUCUCGAGGGCGCUAGCAUGGUGAAAAUGCCUCUCGAUACAGGUCAUUACAUGGUUGGAUCGGCAGGCCUUUUUGCGCCGACCAUCCGUCACCACCGAGGGAGAUUCUACAUCAUUUGUACAAAUCUAGUCGCACUGAAAGAGCCCAUGGAAGCCCAAAACUUCAUCAUUUCAACAACAGAUAUUUGGGCCGGAGAUUGGAGUGAUCCUGUUUACAUUCCCUUCAAUGGAAUAGAUCCGAGUCUGUUCUUCGAUGACGACGGCCAUACUUACUUCCAGGGCUGCUACGCCAUUGACCGGAAGACGCAGCCUAGUUGCACAAUCAAGCAGUUCGAGAUUCAUCCAGACACCGGAAAGAAGCUAUCUGAAGAACGGGAAAUUUGGGGAGGCCAUGCCCGGUACGACACCGAGGGGCCACAUAUUUACAAAAUUGGCAAAUGGUACUACCUCCUCGUCGCUGAAGGUGGUACCUUCGAGCAUCAUAUGCUUUGUAUUUCCAGGUCAGAGAAUAUCUGGGGCCCUUACGAAGAUUUUGAGGGCAACCCGAUUCUGACGGCGGACGGGACGGAUGAGUACAUCCAGAACACCGGGCACGGCGAGUUGUUCCAGGACGGUGCUGGGAAGUGGUGGGCUGUGGCAUUGGCUGUACGCAAUGAAAACGGAGGCGAGUCUAGCGGCAAAGAUACCUUCGUGGCUCCUCUGGGCAGAGAGAGCUUCUUAGCCCCCGUCGAUUGGCCUGAAGGCGGAUGGCCUAAAGUUCUUCAGCCCAAAAUGGAGUUCAUGGAAAGUCUUGCUAGUUUGUCUUGCAGCACGGAUGAGGCUUCAGAAAUUCGAUCCCCUCCAAACGUGGGAAACUUGCACAUCCGAACACCAGACCUGUCCAAGUAUGGGGUUAGCGAGGAUAACACUGGGCUGGUGACCCUAUUCCCGAGCCGCACCGAUCUGUCGACCCCGACUGGCACAAGCACAUUUCUGGGAAGAAGACAGUUGUCGUUAACUUCUGUUGCGACUGCAUCACUCAACAUCAAUGGCCUGGAGAAGGGAGUCCAAGCAGGUCUGGCCCUAUACAAAGAUCACUUGCGCCAUGUUUCUCUUACUUAUGACUCCGAUAAGAAGACAGUACUUUGCUAUGCUGUGAGCUUAGACGACAACAUAGUAUUACCAUGCCAGCUUCCUGUCGAGGAUGACGCGGAGCAGGUGAGUUUUAAGAUCAUCUCUUUCCCAACGAAAUGGGUCUUUUUGGCCAAAGCAGCCGGAAACGAGGCAUCGGACAGCGAUGAAGGCUGGACUGAGCUAGGGACUGUGGAAGCAUGGAAACUAUGUGCCCGGGAGAUGACUGGCCCUAUGUUUGGCGUCUUUGCCCAUGCUUCUGAAGACGUGGCUGAAGCAGUGGCCAUCAAUUUCUCACAUUUCGCAGUUUAG